UACCAGCAGACAAGAGCAAACAGAAUUAUACCGUGUCAGUGCACAGCGAACACCUAAAUCCGAGCAGCAUUUCCCGCAUCCGGAUUUAUGUUUUCCCAAGAGGCUAGACCAACUUUCAAUGCAUCAUGAAGCAAUCUGCCACUCCACUGAUUUGGCGGAUCCGAAACUACGUUCGUUGUAUGUUUCCGGAAACAUUAAAUAUCAGUUCAGGAAAUCAUUUUUUGCCCUGUCGUUCUACAAUCUCAUCAAUGCUCAGUUGGAUUGGAACAAGCACCCGAAGAUGUUCAACAGUUCGCUCGAAGAACAAUUUUCCCGCAAUCAAUCAAUCCCGGACAUGCAUCUGAUGAUGGCAGCAUCAAUUGAACUCAAACACAACCUCCCAACCAAUUACUAUCUUAUGAAAAGCAACAACCCCUCAUUAAAACCGGUGUUCAUCCUUUGUGUCACUGAACUGACCUUCGAAACCGAAUGUGCCAUUGAACGCACUCGCGCUGAAGUGACAGCUGUAGAAUUCGAAGAUGAGUUAGAAUGUAGGUGA